AUGUUAGAGCAUGAAACGUUUUUGUCCGUCAGUUUAAUAAGUAUCCGGUGAAUCAUGGCUGGAUAUUCUUUUUUGCUACAUCUUCUGCUGACUGGCACUCUGAGCUGGGCCACUAAAGCACAGGAAGAAAGUACCACCGAAAUGGACAUCCAAACAGCCAAUCAGACUGAAGAUGCUUUAUUGAUUUCUGUGACAUCAGAAGGUUCUCUAUCAUUAACCACACCCGGAGAGCUGGAGGAGGACACUGUGCCACCCACUGGCAGCCGUUGCCGAGGUUACUACGAUGUGAUGGGUCAGUGGGAUCCUCCUUUUAAGUGUAACGUUGGCGUGUUCCUGUAUUGCUGUGGCACCUGUUUUUACCGAUUCUGCUGCCAAUUCCAUCAGCAACGGCUGGACCAGACCUCUUGCUCUAAUUAUGACACUCCCAUUUGGGCCAACACUGGAAAACCUGUGGCCACCAACACAGAGGUCCAGCCAGACCAUGAACGAGAUCGCACCCAUAUGAUUGUGUACAUCAUCUGUGGUGUGGUGGCCAUCAUGGUCCUGGUGGGAAUCUUCACCAAACUGGGACUGGAGAAGAGCCGUGGAGGCCAGAAUGACCUCAGUAACUCCAGGACGCUGCAAGAAUUGCUUAAGCAACCAGGCGGUGAGGUGAGUCCCGUGGAUGGACCUCUAAGCACGACUCCCACAGGAGGAAAUGGCAUCUCUGCCAGGAUGCUUCGCAGCCGCAGCGAACAGUACCAUCUAAACAAUUCUGGUUUCUCUUUUGGUACACCCGUCGGACUCCCUCAUCCUGAAAGCAACCUCAGUAUACCAGGCCUCGCGCUAAACAAGUACACCUCUUUAAAAGCUGUCGCUAAUACUGCAACCCGAGACUACUACAAGAGUUAUCCAUUAAUGCAUUUCUCCCAAAAUGAUUCCCCUCUUGCACGCUUCCAACCAAUGCAUACGCACCUAAAAGACAAGUCCUACCUUCACCAGGUUCGCCCCUCCCAUGAUAUUCAUUCCCCCCUCUCCAUCUCAAUCCCUUCCAACCAAUUCGAGAGGUCCAGCAUCCCAAAGACAAUGACCCACCCUCAUCUUUCAAGUUCAGCCUUCAAAGCUUGGGAGUCUGGGCAAAGACACAUGUACCGGCAGACCUCACAUCCAGGGCACCCCAAUCGCAGACAGACUUCGGUCCACAGGAGGCAGUACAGUGUAGAAGUGCUACCUGAGUUCCUCUCCCGGCCCUCGGGUUAUGGGGGACACCUGUUGUACCAUCCCUAUCCCGAACUUAAGACCUACCAGACGAACAGCAAGACAGAGGUCACUGUCUGA